UCAGGGAGCCUGUUGGAGAUGGGCUGUUGCUUUAACUACUCCUCUCUGAGACCUGCAUACCCGUUCUCCCAGGUCCCAGGCACAACCAAAUUUCAUUUUGGAUAAUUCAUAUCUGCCGCAGCAGACAUUUAUGGACUCCACACAGUUGGUUUGAUGAAUAUUAUGCAAAGCAGGAGAAAGGGCAGUGAAUGACAAUGUGAAUAGUGGUGUUGGGAGGCCACAGAAAACACACCUCACCUGCAGUUUGUAGCUGCUCUCUUUUCAGGAAUAACAUUCCACCUGCUCUGCAGCUCAUUGAAUGAGAUGGGACUAAUCGCUGACAUCAAGGACACCAUGUCCAAGGCGGUGUUUACUCCUUCCAGUCUGUUAUCCGGCCGAGGCGGGCUGCACAUGGCCCAGAUCCUUAUGUCCGUGGUCACCUUCAUCUUGGGCGCCUUCAGAGGAGGGAGCAGUCAUACCUACUGGAACUAUGCCAUGUUCACCUGGGCCUUCUGCCCCAUCAUGACCCUCGUCAUCACCAUUAUUGAGAUGUUCAAGCUGGAUAUCAUACUCAAUAUGUUUUGCAUGGACUGGUCGGACUUCACCACCGGGAUGGCCAUGUCCUCCACCCUCAUGACCGUCUCCGUCGCCAUCACUUACGGCAACUUCUACGCCUGCCUGAAAUGCCUGUACGGCUGGAUAGUGACCAUCUUCGCCUUCCUGUGUGCCCUCGUCUACACGCUGGAGGUGGUGAAGGACAAAUUCCUGGACAAGAAGAAAGGCAGCUACCUGGCGGCUGCGCCCGGAUUCUGGAAGGUCAUGGAGGCCUUCGUGAGCUGCAUGAUUUUCAUAUCGCUGACUGGGUACCGGGACAAGCCCGCUCUGAUCCUGUGCGUGGUUGCAUACGCCAUCCCCUUCCCCAUCCUGCCUUUGAUCAUCGCCACCAACAUCCUCAAGAAACUGAAGACGUGCUUGCCCUUUAACCUGGACCGCUUCGUGUUCAUAUUUCUGGUGAUCUCUGUUGUGCUGUAUAUAUUUGCUGCUAUCAUGUGGCCCAUAUUCAUGUUCAGGAACAACCCUCGACCCAGCGACUGUCCCCCCAGCUUCUGCAUCUGGGCCAUUCAGUUCAUGGUCGCCUUUUUUACGUACGUGAACCUAAUUCUUUUCACACUGGAUCUCAUUUUUACCCUGCUCGGUAUCUUGGACUUUAAACGGACAUAGUGGUGA